AUGUAUCAGAACUUUUGUGAUUGGAAGUUAAAAAGCCUUCAUCAUUUCAAUGACAGUCAAAGAUAA